AUGAAAACUGUCCAGGAAGAAGCCAAAGCACAUUAUAAGCGUUUUCAUAACUGUCUGUCCACCAACAGUAAUCCACUAAUCCGCGAUCUCGAAGUCCCGACCAUUCCUGGCGAUCCUCUUAGGCGUCUAAAACAGUUUAAUUGUUUAAUCAUAGGAGUCUUACGUGUUAGUGUUGUCGGGAUGUUAGCAUUUUUAAACAUUAGACAUCUGAUUGAAUCGUUUCAUGACGCACGGAAGAACAUGCCAAAGAAAUUGGUAAAAUAUUUUAAUAAUAAUAAUAUAGGGUCGAACGAUGCAUCUAUUCGAUGUAGGUCGGAAAGCGUGAGUGAGAAAUGUAUCAACGCAAGUGUUCAAGUCAAUUUAGACCCGGCAGCUGUAUCCGGUAGUAUUGACAUUGAACAGUUUCAAAAAGUGAUAGAAAUAAAUCUGCAAUUAGAAAAUAGAUUGACCGAGUUGGAAGAAAUGAUUCGACGCGGUGAUGAAAAACAAAAGAUUCAAGAUCUACAAAGUGAAUUGUCCCUAUCCGCCGUGCAAGAUUUAAACAACAAGGUCGACACCAAAUUGUCAAAUUACCAACAAUCGUUGAUGGAAAAAAUUGACGACGAAUUCAAGACCAUCGGUUGUGACGUUAAAAGUAUCAAACACUGUUAUGGAAUGUUGAAUACCAGUUUCCACGAGAUGGAAAACAAAUUGAUUUCAUUAGAAAAUAAUUCAGAGAAGCCGAUGCGCAAAUAUAAUGAUAUUAAGACUAGGAUUGCAGCCCUAGAAAGAGAUGUAAUGAAAAAUUCAUCACACAUUAUCGGUUUGAACUUUUCACUGCGUUCGUUGGAGUGGACUAGACCACAAUCCUUCGGGUCCCCUGGAAUGUUUCCUCCCGAUAACCGCUGUUACAACGAACAAGCUUCAUUCGCUGCAGCUCCAUCAUAUUAUGAUAUGCCACCAACGGCAAAACCCGGGCCGAGUGGAGCAGUUUUGCCUCCAUCGCCACCUGCACCCCCGUCGACUAGUGUAUUUUGUCAACCACUGCCACCCGCACCCCCGGCGCCGUUGUCUCAGAAUAUUCCAAAAAAAUCGGAUUCAGACAAAUCCAGCUCUUCUUCAACAGCGAAAGGUGAACAAGUGUAUGGGAGGAUCCCAAUAACCACUGAGAUCCUAAAGUCUGUUGUUCUCAAGCCACCUGGUGAGAGGAAGAGAGUGAGCAAACCCUUUUCAGCGAAAGUUGAGGAAGUGUCUGGGAGGACCCCAAUAACCGCGGAGAUGUUAAAGUCUGUUGUUCUCAAGCCACCUGGCGAGAAAAAGAGAGUAAGCAAAUCCGUGACGAUAUAA